AUGACAUUAGGUACAAUUAUCCCGCCCAUAUUUCAUGAAUUUCUGUUAUUUGAUUUAUCAUUGCGAUAUGCCUAUAGGACAGAAGCCCAGGCGGCUAUACCUAUGCCCCUAUUGGUUUUCAUAUCUGGAGGGAUACCCAUUUUACAAUUUGGGUUCUUUUCGAUAUUUUCACCUAGGACAUUUGCAAUUAGAAGAAGAAUUUGGGAUUUUAUUUCCGGGUUGAUAUGUUUAUUAGGGGCAAUGGCAACACAAUUAAUGGCAACUUGUAUUUUGAAGAAUAUUACUGGAUUGCCGAGACCUGAUUUGAUAUCUAGAUGUGAUCCAAUUGGACCAGCUAUACCGCCUGUUGAUCCAAUGGUGUUAAGUACGGUGGCAAUAUGUACUCAACCUGAUUGGAAUUUGGUAAUGGAAGGAUUUCGAUCAUUCCCCAGUGGACAUCUGUCGGCGGUAUUUUGUGCCAUGACUAUAACGUCAUUAAAUAUUGCGGCAAGAUUACAUACAUUUGAUAAUCGACAUAAUUCAUUCAAGGUAUUCCUAACCAUUGCUCCAAUAAUGUUGGCAUGUUUUGUUGCUGCUUCAAGAGUGAGUGAUAAUCGACAUUUUUUGAGAGAUAUUAUUGCUGGGUCAUUAAUUGGGGUAUAUGUUGGUAGUUUCUUUUAUUGGCAAUAUUUCCCCCAAGUUGGCAAUUUAAGAAAUUAUGGUCGAGCUUAUCCACCUAGAAGAAUUGGAAUUCAUAAUUUUUUUAAUAAUGUUGGGGGAUUUUGGAAAAUUGAUAAUGAUCCAUUAAGGGGUGGUGCUGAUCAAGAAAGAGUAUUGGAUGGUCAAGAUAAUUCAUAUCUUGAGAAAUUAACUCAAGAAUAUUUAAGUAAUCAUCCGGCAAUACAAGAUUUUUUUAAUGAUGAAAGACAACCUCCUACUAUGGCAGAUAAUAUCGUUUUAGUAAAUUUGCUAAAUGAAAUAGUCACUGAUCCAAUAGAUCUAUGA